AUGAAUAUGAUCAGAGGUAAAAAUGGAGAUGAUUUUUGUAUACAACAAUAUUUAUUAUAUAGUUGGUUUGCCUAAAGCUAAUUAAAAUUAAAACUAGAACCAGAUUAAAAAAAAUGAAAGAGAAAAGACUGAUGAUCAAGCGAAUAAAUAAAUGCAAAACAUUAUUUAGCAAGCUCUAAAAUAAGAGGAUAAUAAAGAUUAAAAUAAAUGA